AUGACAUCAACUGCAAAUGUAAAUCAAAUUCUUCAAAAUUACUUUUAUAAAAAAGGAUACACUCCAGGAGAACUCGCGUUUAUACAACAACAAGAUACACUAUCUGAGCAUAAUAUCCUUUCAUUAAAACAGCUUAAUAAAAAACUAAUAAAUCAAGAUCCAGAAGAGAACGAUCUUGACACUUUGUUACAUGGCUAUGAAAACUUAAGAGAAUGGAUAUUUAAUGCGCUUGAUUUAUAUAGGCACAUUGAAAAACACGGUAAAGAGAUUGAAUCACUAGAAAUGAUCAAAACAACAGAUGAUGUCGAAAAUAAUACGACAGCUAUUCUAUACCUUAACAACAAGUAUCACAUUCAUAUGGCAUCUAUUCCGUUUGAAUUGUUUUUUCACUAUAUCCAAGAGAAUAGAUUUAUGAGACUAAUAAGAAUUGUCAAUCAACAUUUUCAUAUACAUCUUGCUACUAGCAAAUCGUCACCGGCAUCUGCAGGCGGAUCAUCGGGAAAAAAAGAAGGAAUUGUAAUCAAUGAGCAUAACCAACAAAUGGAUCAUCAAAUGGAUAUUGAUCAAACAGCUACAGUUUCUUUUCGUGGAGCAGAUAUUCAAGCAGAAUUAGAUUCGCUAAGUGAUUUAAGAAAACGAGUGUCAUUGGGGAGCGCAGCAUUGCCUAAAGAUACAACCUUAAUAGCCUGUGGUUUCUCUGAAUCAUUUAUUAAGAUAUGGAGUUUGAAAGGAAAGAAGCUGCAGAGUAAAAAAGAAAGAGAAGCAGAUGAACCGGGAACAAAGUAUAAAAAUUUAGAUACAUUUACAAAUCUUGUGUGUUAUAAAAGCCAUAACUAUCCUAUUUGGGAUGUAGAUUUUGGACCUUAUGGGUUUUAUUUUGCAACAGCAUCUCAUGAUAAAACUGCAAGAUUAUGGAGUUGUGAUCAUAUUGAUCCUUUACGUAUAUUUGCUGGUCAUCUUUCUGAUGUGAAUACUGUGAGAUUUCACCCAAAUUCAAAAUAUGUGGUAACAGGAUCCAGUGAUAAGACAGCACGAUUGUGGGAUGUACAAAGAGGCACAUGUGUGCGUGUUUUUACAGGACAUACAGGAUCAAUACAUUCUGUAGCUAUAUCACCUAAUGGCCGAUUAAUGGCAUCCGGUGGAGAGGAUCAAAGUAUUCUAUUAUGGGAUUUAGGCACAGGCAAAAAACUAAAAGCAAUGACAGGUCAUACUGGGUUUAUUUAUUCUUUAAGUUUUAGUUCAGAUAGUACAGUCUUGGUAUCUGGAAGUGGGGAUGGAACUGUACGUGUCUGGGAUGUAAAUAAAGAUACACCUUAUCAAAAUACUUAUUAUUCUGAAGAAUCGAAUUCAAAAAAGCGUACUAAAUACGAUAAAUCAAAUGGAAAGCAACAGCAACAAAAGGAUAGUAAAAAAGAAGCCGAGAAAAUAAAAUUAGCAAAUAACAAUGAUUCAAGCGAUAAUAAUAAUAAUAAACGAAAGAAAAAUGGAUUAGAAAGUAAUGAUCAUUUGUCUGUAUUUCCAACUAAAAACACACCCAUUUAUACUGUACAAUUUACACAGCGUAACCUAUGUCUUGCUGCUGGUGCUAUGAUUUCAUCUUCAUUAGACUUGUAA